UAGAAUUUAUGAUUGGAAUGGAAUCUUUUGUUUCAUGAAUGUUUGAAUGCUGUGCUUUACGAAUGCGCAGGAUAUUUCGUUGGAAAGGGUUUUUGCUCACAUAUGAUAAACUUGGGUUUCACAUACCAAAAAGAAAAGAGUCUUCGUGACACAUAGAAAAGGGAUUGUCAGUAAAUAAAACAGAAUAUCAAAAAAAUAAUAAAAAAACAAAUCUUUACAAGACAAAAGAUUGGAACGUGGAAAGCGAUUGCGAACAGACUUGCGACGAAACGACGAAAACAAAAACGCAUAAAGAAAUAUCGGAAAUGUCGAAAGAAUUAGAACAGGAAGCUCGUGCAUGGAUUGAGCAAACGUUAAACAUUACGUUGAAUGCAAAGGAAGAGCUAUUAGAAGAAUUACGGUCAGGAGUGUUGCUAUGUCAAAUUUGCAAGCAAGUACUAGGGGGAAACAUUCGUUAUAAAGAAUCCAAUAUGCCAUUUGUUCAAAUGGAAAACAUUUCAACGUUUAUAAACUUUGCUCAGCAAGUGGUUGGAGUGCCAUCGCAAGAUAUGUUUCAAACAGCAGAUCUGUUUGAACGUCGAAACGAUGAACAAGUGUUACGGGCGAUUCAUUCGUUUUCUCGAUAUGCGGCAAAGAAGUAUCCAAACAAAGUACAUGGAUUAGGACCAAAGCUGGCAGACAAGAAACCUCGUACAUUUUCACCGCAGCAGCAACGAGUUCUGCGAGAAGGAACGCAUAGUCUUCAGUAUGGAAGUUAUGAUGGACCUACUCAGGGAAGUGAAAAGAUUACAUUUUCUUCUAGAAGAGAUCCUACGGGAAACAUUUACUAAAGCAUGAAUGUAGAAUAGAGAUUAUGAAGAGUAAUGAAAUGGUAUUAAAGAAAAGCAACA